AUGUCUCAAUUGCUGUAUUAUCUCUUCUUUUCUUAUGUUACAUCAUUGUGUUUACCUCUCGUUUGGAAACAUUCUUCUCCUUCUGUUCGUACCUCAUUUUAUUGCCUUCUUUGCUGUGUUCAGUAUUUGUCUCAAUUUAUUAGCUCAUUAGCUGUAUUUUCUUUCCUUUUCUUUUUUUUUACCUCAUUUUAUUGCUUCUUUUGCUGCAUUAUCCUUUCUUUUCUAGCUUCAACUCAUUUUAUUUCCCUCUUAUUUGUAUUUUCCUGCUUUUCAUGUUCUAUCCCAUUUUGUUGCCGCCUUUGCUGUAUUCUUUUCUCUUUUUAUCUCAUUUUAUUGCCUCCAUCAUCGUAUUAUCUUUUCUUUCCUAUGCUACCUCAUUUUAUUGCUCCUUGUUUGUAUUCAUAUUAUUUGUUUUCAUUUUUCCUCAUUUAUUGUCUGAUCUUUUCUCCAAAUCUUUUGUUUUCUAUUUUUCUUUUCAUUCUAUUGAUCCUUCAUCUAUUUAUCUAUCUUUUACUAUUUUUCAUUUUAUUCUAUUGCCUCCAAGAAUCAUUCCGAAAUCUUUUUUUACCUUUGUUUAUUUGGAUUAUUUCCAAAAAUGUAUUCGUUCUUCUUUUGUUUUGUUUUUACCUCAUUUUAUUGUCGUCUUUUCUGUAUUCCUUUUUCUUUCCUAUUUUUCUUUUUAUUCUAUUGCCUCCUUCAUCGUAUUAUCUUUUCUUAAAAUGUUACCUCAUUUUAUUGAAUAGGAAGAUUUGUAUUCGUUCUUCUUUUGUUUUGUUUUUACCUCAUUUUAUUGUCGUCUUUUCUGUAUUCCUUUUUCUUUUCUAUUUUUCUUUUUAUUCUAUUGCCUCCUUCAUCGUAUUAUCUUUUCUUACCUUUGUUACCUCAUUUUAUUGCUCCUUGUUUGUAUUCGUUCUUCUUUUGUUUUGUUUUUACCUCAUUUUAUUGUCGUCUUUUCUGUAUUCCUUUUUCUUUUUGUGUAUUUUCUUUUAUUCUAUUUUCCUUCAUCGUAUUAUCUUUUCUUAUUUUUGUUACCUUGAUUUUUAUUGCUUCUUGUUUGUAUUUUUUCUUCUUUUUUUUUUGUUUUUACCUCAUUUUAUUGUCGUCUUUUCUGUAUUCCUUUUUCUUUUCUAUUUUUCUUUUCAAAUUCUUUUUAUUCUAUUGCCUCCUUCAUCGUAUUAUCUUUUCUUACCUUUGUUACCUCAUUUUAUUGCUCCUUGUUUGUAUUCGUUCUUCUUUUGUUUUGUUUUUACCUCAUUUUAUUGUCGUCUUUUCUGUAUUCCUUUUUCUUUUCUAUUUUUCUUUUUAUUCUAUUGGACUAUCAUCGUUUAUAUUCGUUCUUCUUUUGUUUUGUUUUUACCUCAUUUUAUUGUCGUCUUUUCUGUAUUCCUUUUUCUUUUCUAUUUUUCUUUUGUUGAACUAUUAAUUGUCUUCAUCGAUUAUCUUUUUCGGAAACACUUUGUUAUGACAUUUUAUUGCUUCUUGUUUGUAUUCGUUCUUCUUUUGUUUUGUUUUUACCUCAUUUUAUUGCUCCUUGUUUGUAUUCGUUCUUCCUUUGUCUUUGUAUUUUUUUACCCUUUUCUGUAUUUUCUUUUCUGUAUCCCUUUUUCUUUUCUCUUUUUAUUCUCAUUUUAUUGCCUCCUUUGCCGUGUUAUCUUCGCUUUUUUAUGCUACCUCAUUUUAUUGCCACUUAUUUUUAUUAUUUCUUCUUUUCUUUUUGUACCUCACUUUAUUGCCACAUUUGCUAUUUUCUUUUUUUUGUAUUUUUUAUCUCAUUUUAUUGCCUCCCUUGAGGUAUUAUUUUUUUUCUUUUAA